AUUUUCUUCUCUCAAGCUCUCUCUUUGUUCUUCAUUUCGUACUUUUCUCUUUCUCUCUCUACUCUCUCUCUAGUUCGAUUUCUCUUCAUCAUCGAAGGAUUCAUCUGAAAUCGCAGACGGUUGAGUUGAUUGAAGAAACGAAGCCCUAGUCAAACGAAGAAACUUUCAAAUGCCGUAAAGUUUGACUGAUAUUUCGCAGAGACGGCGAAAAACGACUCGGUUUGGUUCUGAUUCAAGUUCUUCGUCGCCGAUCGAGGUUUAAGCUAUGAUUUGUUGAAGGAAGAUUGAUACCUCUUCGUCUGUGUGUGAUUAAGCUUUUACCCUUCAGAUGGAUUCAGUUGACCGUAAGGCAGUUACUCCAAGUAAGAGCAGAUUGUUCCGGGCAUUCUCUAAGGUUAUCCAUGCCAGGUCCUUGACUGGCGGAAUCGGACAUGACGAGAUUCGGAAAGACAAGUCUGAUGAGAAGCCAAAGAUGAAACCCAAUAGCCUGAGAAACAGGUUUCUAUCAAUUGUCGAAAAUGAAGAAGAGGAAAAGCUAAAGGAGAAAGAACUAACCGAAGCUGUUCUCGCAAAGCUAUUUGCAAGCGUUUCAGAAAUUAAAGCUGCUUAUGCCCAGCUACAAUUUUCUCAGUCUCCUUAUGAUGUUGACGGGAUUCAAGCAGCUGAUCAGAUUGUAGUAUCGGAAUUAAAAUUUCUAUCGGAAUUGAAACAAGCCUACGUCAAGAAACAAAUAGACUUGGACCCGAAGAAAACACUGUUCUUAGCUGAGAUUCAAGAACAGAAGUCUCUACUGAAAACGUUUGAGGUGACAGGAAAGAAGCUUGAUUCUCAGCUCAAGCUUAAGGAAUCAGAGAUUUUAUCCCUUAAGGAGAAAUUAAACGAUAUCAACCGAGAAAACAAACGAAUGGAGAUGAGAUUGAACUCGAGCGGUUUACUAUCCAUUCCCGACACUCUGCAUAACUCGGGAUUGAAUUCCACCCUUUUCACAACUGUUCAUCAGCAGACAGUUAAAUCGAUCCGAGUAUUCGUCAGGUUGAUGAUCGACGAAAUGGAGUUAGCCGGGUGGGAUUUGGAAACAGCUGCCAGCGCGAUCGAACCCAGCGCUUCUAUUAACAGAAACCUGAACAAUCAGACAUGUUUCAUCUUCGAAUCCUAUGUUUCUCGCGGAAUUUUCGACGGUUUCAAUCACCCGGAAUUCUCAAGUAAAGUUAGGAAGAACCGGAGGUCGUUCUUGGAGAGGUUUAACGAACUGAAGACUUUCAAAACUAAGGAUUAUCUGGCACAGAGGCCGAAAUCGGCUUUCGCUAAAUUCUGCUCUUCAAAAUUCCUACAGCUGAUUCACCCAAAAAUGGAACUGUCUCUAUUCGGAAACCUGCAGUUGAGGAAUCAGGUAAUGGCAGGGGAAUAUCCUGAAACAAACUUCUUUACUGUAUUUGCUCAAAUGGCUAAGCGUGUGUGGCUGCUACAUUGCUUGGCGUUCUCCUACGAGCCUGUGGUGUCGGUUUUUCAAGUGGGGAAGGGUUGUCGAUUUUCAGAUAUUUACAUGGAAUGCGUGAACGAAGAAGCUUUCUUGUCGGAGGAUGGGUCGUCAACUGUGGCGGUGAAUCCGAGAGUUGGGUUUAGCGUCAUACCGGGGUUUAAGGUUGGUAAGACGGUUAUACAAUGCCAAGUCUACUUAUAUUGAU